GGGAAUUGGGCGCGGUUAAGGGCGUGACUCGUCUCGCCGCUCGCGGAAACCAGCAGAACAAACGCCCCCGCUGCUUACAACAAAACUCGUUUCAACCAUACGCACACUGACGUAUCGCAACAUUUUAAUAAGCGCUGACAGCUGAAGACUUCUUCCUCCUGCUCCGUCUCCAAAACCUGACCGUCGCCCGAAAUUUGCUUGAGCUUUCACAACCAAAGGAACUUAAUAAAUGAUGGCUGGCUGCUUUGGGGGCCACCAGCGCGCGGGCGGCCCCGAACCGGUUAAGAAGGCAACAAAUAAUGUGACGGCAAGUGGCCAAGCAUCAAGCUCACCUCAUCCAGCUGCGCUUGCACUGCAAGCUGGCCGGCUCGCCGUCUCCUUUUCCGGUGGCGGCUUCCUUCUCCCCUACCACAUAGGCGUGGUGGAGGUGCUGCUGCAACUGGGCGUCAUCCGCCAGCGCCCACCGCCGCUACCACCAGCCGCCGCCGGCGCCAUUGCCACUGUAGGGCCCGCCUCCCCCGCUGCAACUGCUGCGGCCGCUACCGCAGCUUCGGCACCUCAGGCCGUAUUCAACGGGGCAGCAGAGACACAGGACGUGUCGCAGCCGCCGGCGCCAGCGGGCGGUACGCUGCGGGCCCGCUCGGGCGACAACGCAGCACCCUCCCAGCCUGUGCAGCCACCCCCAGCAGCAGCAGCCUCGACACCCCAGCCCACCGCCACCACCACCACCACCACUACCAACGCCACCACAGCCAGCAAUAGCAUCAACGGCAGCAGUAGCAGUAGCAACAGCAGCAGCAGUAGCUACACCCCUGUGGCGGGCUCUUCCGCGGGCUCGCUGGUGGCGGCCAGCGUGGCGUGCGGUCUGAGUCCGGCGCAGAUGCUGAGCACCUUCCUGGACAGCGUUCGGGACUGCCGUACGGGCGGCUCCUUCAGGCGGCUGGACCAGGUGGGGGUCGUGGGUGGGGGUGUAGAGAGGUGGGGUGGGGCGCACAAGAGGUGUAGAGAGGAAGUGGGGUGGGGCGCACAAGAGGUGUAGAGAGGUGGGGUGGGGCGCACAAGAGGUGUAGAGAGGAAGUGGGGUGGGGCGCACACGAGGUGUAGAGAGGUGGGGUGGGGCGCACAAGAGGUGUAGAGAGGAAGUGGGGUGGGGCGCACAAGAGGUGUAGAGAAGUGGGGUGGGGCGCACAAGAGGUGUAGAGAGGAAGUGGGGUGGGGCACACAAGAGGUGUAGAGAGGAAGUGGGGUGGGGCGCACACGAGGUGUAGAGAGGAAGUGGGGUGGGGCGCACACGAGGUGUAGAGAGGAAGUGGGGUGGGGCGCACAAGAGGUGUAGAGAGGUGGGGUGGGGCGCACAAGAGGUGUAGAGGUGGGGUGGGGCGCACAAGAGGUGUAGAGAGGAAGUGGGGUGGGGCACACAAGAGGUGUAGAGAGGAAGUGGGGUGGGGCGCACACGAGGUGUAGAGAGGAAGUGGGGUGGGGCGCACACGAGGUGUAGAGAGGAAGUGGGGUGGGGCGCACAAGAGGUGUAGAGAGGUGGGGUGGGGCGCACAAGAGGUGUAGAGAGGAAGUGGGGUGGGGCGCACACGAGGUGUAGAGAGGUGGGGUGGGGCGCACAAGAGGUGUAGAGAGGAAGUAGAGGAAGUGGGGUGGGGGUCGUGGGUGGAGCGAGGUGGGGCGCACAAGAGGUGUAGAGAGGAAGUGGGGUGGAGGGGAGAGUGUGGAGGGGAAACUGUGGAGAGGAAAGUGUUGAGAUGGGUGUGUGGAAAGGGGAGUGUGGUGAGAGGAGGGUGAAGGUGCUUGGGGUGCUUGUUGGUAUUGGUAUGGGAUGGUGUGAGACGUGUCAGACGGUGUGCGGACCUGGUUUGGCGGGUGCUGGGCGUGUUGACACGGGUGCGUGGGUCGCGCCGGGUGUGCAUGUGCUUGUACCUAUAGA